AUGCAUUACCUUUUAUCCACCCUCGCUGCUGGGUGGCUCAUUGCCCCCGCCCCGGUACUUGGUCGCUCCAUUGGUAUCAGAUCUGGUAGCACUACUCUAUGUGCCACGAAUGGACGCCAAGUCACCCAGAACGAUAGCAGCAUCUGGCCUUGGCAGACCUACAAGUCUUCCAACAUUACGCCACCGUAUCUCACGAUCAAUCGUACUGGAGAAAAUCUAGCACCGGGCCUGCUCUUCAUUGGUCAAGAGAAUGACGAGGACACAGGUGUAAAGCAAGUAUCACCUUUCAUUCUCACGGAUGAUAAUGAGCUCGUCUGGGGUGGACCCGAGGGCGAUUCAUCCGAUUUUCGACAACAGUACUGGGGAGACCAGUCUGUCAUUACCUUCUGGGUCGGUACAGGCAAGGCAGCGUAUGGUGCUGAUGUUGGUCGAGGCUGGGGUAAAGUGCAGAUUUAUGAUGAUCAGUACAAAUUGAUCAAGACGGUGUGCCCACAACUGAAUUUGACCAUGCCAACUGGUACCACUACCGAUUGUGACGCGGAUGUGCAUGAGUCUUUUAUCACUGAAGAUAACACUAUCCUGGUGACAGCAUACAACACAUCCCAAGCUGAUCUCACGUCCCUUGGUGGCUCUAAGGAUGGAUGGGUAUACGACUCUCUCGCAGUCGAGAUCGAUCUGGCGACCAACGAGCCGGUCUUCGUUUGGAGCCCCUUGGCACACCUGGACAUCAAUGCAACACAUGCAGAAUUUUCCGGGUCCAGUCAGACUGCUCCCUUCGAUUGGUUCCAUAUUAACUCCAUCCAGAAGUGGAAUGACCAUUAUUUGAUCAACUCUCGUCACUUGUGGCGUACAUACCUGGUCAAUCGUCAGGGAGAGAUCAUUUGGUACAUUGAUGGAGAGAAUGGAGGAACCUUUGGUAGCUUGCCAAACAAUGUUACAUUCUCCUGGCAACACAUGGCCCGCCUCCGCAAUGUCUCCUCUACCCAGGCUCUUAUCAGCUGGUUCGCCAAUGACCUUAACACAGGAACUAGCACGGUCCCUUCGAAAGGCCUCACGCUCCGUCUCACGUUUCCUCCAAGCCCAGAGCACCCGCCCGAGCUGGUAACCAACUUUUACGAUCACCAAUACCCAGUUUCAUCCGCCGCAGAGGGCUCUUUCUUCCCAUUGCCUAAUGGAAAUGCCUUGAUGGGAUACGGUAGUGAGCCUUAUAUCAAGGAAUACGGUCCUUUGGGAGAUGUGCGGUGGUCAGCUCAAUUUGCCGGAUAUAAUCUCGGUCAAAGCUAUCGCUCUUAUAAGCAAGAGUGGCAUGCGACUCCAUCCACUCGGCCAAGUUUAGUAGUUAGCAAGGCUACUGCAAAGGAUGAUCUGGAACAGUGUGCGGGCAAAUCAUCCUCUUUGCGAGGACAUGUUAGUUGGAAUGGUGCCACAGAUGUCGAACAGUAUAGAGUCUAUGCUGGAAGUGACAAGAAUUCCCUCAAGCUACUUGGAGAGUUUGAGAAGAAAGGGUUUGAGACAAAAUUCUCUCUUCCCAAUAGGAUCAAAGUGGUGGAAGUUGCCGCGAUCCAAGCGGGUAAGAUCAUUCGCAAGUCUGGGGUUGUGCACGUUUGA